CAUCAUAACAAAGUCACAUCCUAGAAAGGAAGCAACGAUUACAGUAAAGUCCACGCUCAGUGUUACUGCCUGUUGUCUCCCACUAGUUACUAACCGGCAACUUUCUCAGCUGUCAGCCUCUCCCCAGCUUUACUGUGUGAACGCUAGACACAAACAAGGUAGAAUAGCAUGGAUGGAAAUCAUCAUGUCUUUCAAUAAGACAGACAUUUAACACAGACACUGCAACAUCACACCCGUCUCUGCAGCACUACUGGGAAGCUGACUGAUCCAGUUACAGACAAGGUUUGAACUGUCAAGCUGUCUGAAUAAACCGAGUGCAGAAUGCCACACUGAACUGUUAAUGGGGGCAUGGGACAAAGAUUGCUAUUGAUCAUUUGUGUGGAUUUUACUAUUGAGGAGCUUUAUAAGCAGCAAGGAUACCACUGGAAACUAAGACAGAAAUCCUACCUUGAAGGGCACCAAACUUUUUUAUUUAAAUUUUGUUUGAUACAAUGUCUGAGCAAGAUAAAUUGAACCAGAAGACACUGGAGGAACCAGGGAAAGAACAGGAUCCCGAGACCUCCCCAACGACCCCAGAUAAGUCCAUCAUUAAUCAAACAGAAAGCCUUGACACAGAAAAGGAUGAGCUGCUAUGUGAAAUCCAGAAACGAACUCUAAAUCAGAAUCAACAGAUAAAAAGACCUAAGUCAGGUGCAAAGGGAAAACUUGUGAGAAGUCAUGCUGUUUGUGAGGAGCCUUCGCCCAACGCAUUUGGUGAAGAAAAUCAGGAGUUAUCUUAUCUUCAGCAUUCCAUUUAUACCCAUUUGCAAGAGACUAUAAAUAUCAAAGAAGAUACAGAGAAAGAAAAAGAUCGAAACAAAGAGAAAAAAUGUAAAUCCAAGUCCCUCUCAAAAGAAUGUAGCCAAGAGUAUACAGAUUCCACUGGCAUAGAUCUUCAUGAUUUUCUGAUUAACACUUUAAAGAAUAAUCCAAGGGACAGAAUGAUUUUACUGAAAAUGGAACAGGAAAUUAUUGAUUUUAUCAAUGACACCAAUAACCUUUAUAAAAAAUUCCCUCAAAUGUCAUCAUAUCAAAGGAUGCUUGUGCACAGGGUUGCUGCUUAUUUUGGCAUGGACCAUAAUGUUGAUCAGACUGGGAAGUCUGUUAUAAUUAACAAAACCAGCAACACUCGGAUACCAGAGCAAAGGUUUUGUGAACAUUUAAAAGAUGAAAAAGGUGAAGAAUCCCAGAAGCGAUUUAUCUUGAAGCGAGAUAACUCUAGUAUUGAUAAAGAAGACAAUCAGCAAAAUAGAAUUCAUCCAUUUAGAGAUGACAGAAGAAGUAAAUCAAUUGAAGAGAGAGAAGAAGAGUAUCAGAGAGUAAGAGAGAGAAUAUUUUCACACGAUUCAGGCUCCCAGGAUAAUCUCUUUAUGGAAAUCAGGCUUGUUGAUGACACAAGCAUAUGCAAUGAUAUUCAAAAGAAGAGGCAAUUAUUCAGGGGUAAUAGAGAUGAGUCUGGAAAAGCAUCUGGAAGUCGGCAGAGCAGUACUGAGAAUGACCUAAAAUGGGCUGAUCAAAGGCCAUGGAGCAGCACAGAUUCUGAUAGCUCAAAUCGCAAUCUGAAGCCAGCCAUAAUAAAGACUUCCAGCUUUGGUGGAAUAACUGUGCUGACAAGGGGAGAUAGCUCUGGCAGUAGCAGGAGCACAGGCAAACUGUCUAAAGCAGGCUCAGAGUCUUCCAGCAGUACUGGUUCCUCAGGAUCUCUGUCACGAAUUCAGCCUCUUCAAAAUCCAUCUAUUGUCCCAGGAACAUCAGUCAGCAUAAAUGGCAGCAUAUCUUUUUCUGAAAAUGGAACUUCACCUAAUAAUACCAGCUAUAUAUUACUUCCACUUGAAGCUACAGGGAUACCUCCUGGGAGCAUCCUUCUCAACCCACACACAGGUCAGCCAUUUGUUAACCCAGAUGGCACACCCGCAAUAUACAAUCCUCCCAGUGGGCAACAAGUAUUAAGAACCCAGGUAGGCGGGCAAACACAACAGCAGGCUCCUCAUCAGCAGCAAAACCAGCAGCAAAUUCAAGGACACCUUACCCCACAGGCUAUGCAGACCUCAUCUCAGACUGUGCAGUACCCUAUUUCUUAUCCUCCACAACAUCUUCUUGCUGUUUCUCCUUCCCAACAAUUCCCAUUGAGAGAUGACAUAACUGCCCACUUUAAUCAGAUAAACUUGAGUCAUCAGUCAUCUGGUGAGACACCCGAGCCAGUCUCUGGAAAUAUCUUUCCAUCCGGAAUUCUAACACAGCCAACCCAGCAGCCAAACUUUGUGUUGCCAUCACCCAGUCAAACUAUUCCACCUGGCAAUUUUACUUGUUCAAAUCAAUCAGUCACUCAACCAGUGCUACAGUCACAACCUCCACAGGGAUAUGUACAACAAUCAUCUGCACAGAUGCCUUUGUAUUACUACCCAUCUGGACAGUACCCUACCUCAGCAAACCAGCCGUACAGAUCAAUUGCCUCAGUCCAGUAUAAUGCACAGAGAAAUUCCCAGAUGCCACAGACUCUUCAACAACCAGGUUUUCAGUCUCUGGUAUCUAAUUUGCAACAAGGGUUCCAGGGUCUCAUAGGAAUUCAGCCGCCUCCUCAAAGCCAGAAUUUGAUGAACAAUCAACAGGGAAGUCAGGUGCAGGGCAUGAUGGUUCAAUAUCCAUCCAUGUCUUCGUAUCAGGUACCAGUGUCCCAAAGUUCUCAAGGAAUGCCACAACAAACAUAUCAACAACAAAUCAUGCUGCCUAAUCUCAUAGGUCAUGGAACGGUUUCUAGCACUGCGAUGCCUGUUUAUUGCAAUGUUAUACCUCCAUCUCCGCAGAAUAACCUAAGGCUGAUUGCUCCUCACUGCCCUAAUAGUAAUGCUACGGUUAUGUCCGCAAAUUGCAGAACAAACUGCUCAAGCUUGAGUAAUACAGGAUGGCAAGUUAAAUAUUGACAUGUGUCUGGACAUCAUAGAAUUUUUCUUCGUUCACAGAAUAUUUCUUGAAGCCUUCAAAAAAAUAAAAAAGAACAUUAAAAUCUGUUGGGAACAUAUAACAAAACUGCUCAAAUUGUUGCCGCUUGCAAUCACUAAAAAGGAAAUGUGUCUGCUAAAUGGUGCAUAUUUUUCAUAUCUGCUAAGUAUGACUUUAAUGCUUAGCUUGUGACACAAAUACAAAGAGGUAAGGUUUAUAUUCCUACCAUAAAUACCACUGUGUUGAUCGUAAUAUCCUUGACCCAAAUUAGUUUUGUACCUUGUGUUGAUUUUGUGAGCCUAAU